AUUGUGGAAUACAAAAUGACGAGACAUACAGGUGAUAAUUUAGCUGUAUGGACUCACUGAAUUGAGUUAUUAAUGAAAGAAAUGAUAUCAACUUUUGUUUUUCAUUCAAUAUCACCCGUUGAAUUUAUUUCUUUCAAUUGUUCUUUACUGGAGCUCAAAAUUUUGCCCUCUUAAAUAACGUCUUUCGAUUUUAGGAGUAGCAUCCCUUGGAAAAGAUGAAACUGAAGGACCUUGUGCUGCAAAGGAUCAUGAAGAUUGCAAUACCUACCCAAUGUACGCAUGUCACAAUGAAUGGUUGAUAAGGAACUGCAAAAGAAAGUGUGGCUUAUGUCAAGCGCCAACCCAGGCCCCAAUUAGUUUGGCUGCACCUACAGUCCCACCCUCCCAUGCCAAUGAAACGAAGGUUUUGCUACCGCUAGGAAGAGCAAAUUGUUACUAUGACGGUAUUUUACACGAGCACGGCGAACGCUGGUCUCCAGGCCCUUGCACGCCAGAAUGCAAGUGUGAUGAUGGGAAAAUCCGCUGUACAUUGAUCGAGUGUCCAGAACUAAGCUGCAGUAAUCCCAUAAAGAAGCGAUGGAAGUGUUGUCCGGAAUGCCCUGUAGAAGAAGGUCUAAAUGCACGCUGCGUAGAAACCGAAGGCGGAACAAGCAAAGGCGCGUGUUGUGUUUUCCCGUUCAUCUAUCAUGGAACUCAGUAUUUUGAGUGCACUGACAAGGACAUCAAGAAACCUUGGUGUGCUACAACAUCUAACUAUGACAUUGACGGAAUGUGGGGACACUGUCUUGGCGAAACUCGGGAAACUACAGAGGCGCCCAAGGCAACAAAAUUCACAUCGACUGAAGGUCAAGCGGCUACUACUGGAACCCAGGCCUCUUCCGAGUCCACUUCCGUCACCGAAGGUCAUGUGACAAGUCACGCGACGCACGCGUACACCUCAGGGACUAGUGUAGCCACUGAGACUCCACUCUCAGACGAGUUUCAGCCUUCUUCCACAGUGGGAACCACGCCCAUGCCUUCAACAUUUGCGGCUCCAGUCACAGGCGUGUACUCUGAUUGGUCCCAUUGGUCUUUAUGCUCGGCCACCUGCGGAGGAGGAACACAGGAGAGAACACGAAAAUGCACCUUCCCUAAAGACACCAAGGGUGGGGUGGACUGUUCCUCUUUGGGACCCUCGUUAGAGACUCGAGAAUGCAACGCCCUGUUGUGCCCAGAGGAUGGUGGGUACUCGAAAUGGAGUGAUUGGUCAGCAUGUGACGUGACGUGUGGAGGAGGAGUAAUGCAGAGAUACCGGACUUGUGAUAGUCCUGUCCCGUCCAACGGUGGCCGAGACUGUGCUACAAAAGGCCUGGGUCCUACCAUGGAGUCUAAAGCCUGUAGUCUUGUAGCUUGUCCACAUAAUGGUGGAUAUACUGACUGGACCGGAUGGUCACAGUGUGACAAGACAUGCGGUGACGGCAAGAAAUACCGAACACGCCACUGUACCAAUCCCCCGCCGGCUCACGGUGGGCAUGAUUGCUCGUGGUUUGGGGACGACAGAGAAGUGUCUAACUGUAAUGAUGGACCGUGCGAAGUUGACGGAGGCUAUACGGCUUUUACAGACUGGUCAGCAUGCAGCAGGAGUUGCGGCCCAGGAGUGACAUCUAGGCACAGAACUUGCUCCAAUCCCCCACCCACUGCGGGCGGCAAAGAUUGCACGAACCUGGGACCGGCAUUUGAGCAGCGCUCGUGUCUAUUGGCGGAAUGUCCAGCAACCGGGAACUGGACCAACUGGAGUGACUGGAACCAGUGCACACGGACGUGUGGCUCUGGUAUCCAGUUUAGAAAGCGAGUCUGUAUUCACCCCAAAGGAGAGCUUUUCUGCUUAGGAGAGAAAGUACAAUCCCGACUGUGUAACAGCCAUCACUGCCCAGUCAAUGGUAACUAUACGAACUGGUCAGUUUGGACUUCAUGUUCGACCACUUGUGGUGUCGGGGUCAGAACUCGCAACAGAACAUGCUCCAACCCAAUGCCCCAGUUCAAAGGAAAAUCAUGCGAAGAGCAGGGCUUGGGUCUACCAAAUGAAGCUGAACAUUGCUACAUGCGACAGUGUGGAGUAAAUGGUAACUACACGGAAUGGACUGAUUGGUCGACAUGCUCGCAUUCUUGUGGACCUGGGUUCAUGCUUCGAAGUCGAACUUGUACCAAUCCCCCUCCGUCCAACGGUGGAUUUGACUGCACAAGACUGGGACGACCUGUACAGAGCACUCAGUGUUACCUUGUGGACUGUCCAGUUGAUGGGAAUUACACAACAUGGUCGAACUGGACCGCUUGUUCAGCGACCUGUGGCGAGGGAACCACAACAAGGACCCGCUCCUGCACCAACCCUCCGCCGCUCCAUGGUGGCAAAGACUGCACUGAAAUAGGCUCCAAUAUUGAGAUUCAGCCCUGCAAGAAUCAGGAUUGCUUGGUAAAUGGAGACUACAGUGAAUGGUCCAGCUGGAGUAUUUGCAGCAAGACUUGUGGGCGCGGUUACAAGAAGCGAAUCAGAGCCUGCAACAAUCCGCUUCCUUCCAAUGGCGGGAAAGAUUGUUACGAGCAAGGACUGGGACCCAGUGAGGAACGCACUCAUUGCUUUGAGCGAUCUUGUCCACUGGACGGAAGCUACAAUGAUUGGUCAGCUUGGACCACAUGUUCAAUGUCGUGUGGCGGCGGCGUGAAAUUCAGACACAGAAAUUGCACCAAUCCAGCACCUAUGCACGGGGGCCGAGACUGUUCUCUGAUUGGCCCAGCUACCGAGAGUGACAGCUGUCAUAGCGAACCGUGUCCAGUUAACGGCAUGUACGGUACAUGGAGUCUGUGGAGCGAAUGUGAUCGAACCUGUGGGGGCGGUGCUCGAGUCAGGUCUCGCUCGUGUACCAACCCCCCUGCGCAGUUUGGUGGCUCCGAUUGUUCUUCACUUGGACCUGACAAGGAGACGGAAUUGUGUAACUUAAACAGCUGUCCUGUUAACGGAAACUUCAGUGAGUGGACUUUGUGGACGCCAUGCUCAGUGACCUGUGGCCAGGGAAUCAUGACCAGAAAGAGGUUCUGUACCAAUCCCCCUCCGACAGUUGGUGGAAAAGACUGUUCAGAGUUAGGACCUGAUCAUGAGAAAACCAGCUGUCAGCUCGUCGACUGCAGAGCUAACUGCACAUGUGGCACGUGGACAAAGUGGUCUGAUUGUUCUCACUCAUGCGGAGGCGGCCUGCAGCACCGCGAGAGAGACUGUGUACCACCCAAAUACCAGAGAGACAUGUCAUGCGAGAACGAUAAGAAAGAAAGCAGGCUCUGCCGAUCAGAACCAUGUCCGAUUGACGGCAAAUUCAGUGACUGGACUCCAUGGUCACCGUGUUCAGUCACGUGUGGAAUUGGAAUGAAGAACAGAACACGCUCGUGCAUGUCACCUGAACCACAGUUUGGCGGGAAAUCUUGCACGGAGCAGGCACUGGGACCAAGUAUGGAGGCGACUCAGUGCUAUCUGACGCCGUGUCCAGUGAAUGGUGGCUACACUGAGUGGAAUGGAUGGACGCCAUGUUCGGUCACGUGUGGUAGAGGCAUCAAAAAGAGGCAGAGGUUCUGCACCAAUCCCGAGCCGGCCUAUGGCGGUGUCGCCUGUGGACACUUGGGAUCUGGGGAGGAAGUUGUGCAGUGCUAUGACGUGAACUGUCCUGUCGAUGGUAAGUACAGCCCGUGGUCUCAGUGGUCAGCGUGCUCCAAAUCCUGUGGCUACGGGAUUCAGACAAGAAAACGUACCUGCACAAACCCAGAACCACAACAUGGCGGCCGUGACUGUACUGACCUGGGAGAUCCAGAGCACAUUCGACCGUGCCAAGUUAUACAGUGCCCCAUUCACGGAAACUACUCUGUGUGGUCCAACUGGGGCACGUGUUCAACGUCCUGUGGGCCUGGGGUCAAAAAGCGUACCCGUACAUGCACCAACCCUGAACCAGAAUACGGCGGGCUCACAUGUAGAGAGAGGGACCUGGGACCUAACAUGGAGCCUGCGAACUGCAAUCUUGGAACUUGCCCAGUGAAUGGGGUUUGGGGCCCAUGGUCUAUGUGGUCAGCCUGUACGACCAGUUGCGGCCCAGGGACUAGGGAGAGGAAACGAUCGUGCAAUAGUCCUGCUCCUCAAUUUGGCGGCAAGCCUUGCAGUGGCUCCGAGAGACAAGUUGGAGACUGCAGUUACAGGCCGUGUCCAGUGGAUGGUAAUUACACGGAAUGGACUCCCUGGACUGUCUGUGAUAAGACUUGUGGUGUUGGUCUCAUGACACGCUGGCGCGCAUGCUCAAACCCAGCGCCUCAGUUUGGCGGCCGGGAUUGUUCACUGUUUGGUUCUGACACCGAGACAAAGACAUGCGAAGUGAAGGAUUACUGCCCAGUUGAUGGAAACUGGGGCGAGUGGUCAUCCUGGAGCGCUUGCACCAAAUCUUGUGGGGUUGGUGUAAGAAUGCGAGUGAGGUCCUGCGAUAAUCCGCCUCCUUCAAAGGAGGGCAGAGACUGUGUGGGACAUAACACCCAGAAAGUUGACUGCAAAUCAGGAGACUGCUGUUCCGUACCCAUGAGGCCACUCGGUUGCUUUGUAGACAACAAAUCGCCCAACCGACCUCUACCCGAGCUCAUUUUCACCGAUAAUGACCUCGAGAGCACUGUGUACAGCGGUGUUAGCGUGCAGGCUGAUGAUUGGGAAACUUAUAUGCCAGACUUAGUCUGCAGGUGCGCUAAGGCGGCGUCGAUGAAGAACUACUCUCACUUUGGUAUCCAAGGUUACGGGGAAUGCUGGUCAGGACCCAACGCUGCCAAAACGUUUUCACGUGACGGCGUGCAGAACAGAUUCACUCAGCGACCCUCGCCAAAGCCCUGGGUCGGCUGUGUUGGAGAGGGAUUUGAGAGAUGUCGAGGUGGAAACGACCAGUGUGUGGGCCAAGAGAAAAGCAACUUUGUUUACGCGUUUGUCAAUGUGAAACCAAUCAAUGGAAACUAUGGUCCUUGGUCUGCUUGGACGCUGUGCUCCAAAUCAUGUGGUGGCGGCGUGAGAUCACGAGUCAGGAACUGUACCAAUCCAGCCCCUGCGUUCGGUGGCAUGGAUUGUUCUGCGCUGGGAGAGCCGCAGGAAAGCGAGCCUUGUAAGACGAGGCAAAUUUGUCCAGUUGAUGGCGCAUGGAGCGCAUGGGGCAACUGGACCGCGUGUUCAGAGACCUGCAGCAAAGGAGUGCAGCAUAGAAGACGACUCUGUAACAGUCCCGCGCCGUCUAAUGGUGGCCAUAUGUGCCUGGGACCGGCAAAUCAAAGCUUGUCUUGUAACCAAGGCGACUGUCCAGUGAACGGCAGUUGGUCAGCGUGGAGUUCGUGGCAAGCAUGCUCCGCCACAUGUGGUGAUGGACUACAGAUCAGGACUCGAGUCUGUGACCAUCCUUCUCCUGUUAAUGGUGGUUAUUCUUGUGAAGGAGACGCGACUGAGGUGAAGCCUUGCACAGUGCGGAGAUGUCCCAUCAAUGGAAACUACUCUGAUUGGUCGGACUGGUCUGAGUGCAGCAGAACAUGCAGCGGAGGCAUUAAAACGAGGACACGCGAAUGUACCAACCCCAGUCCCCUGUACGGCGGAAAGGACUGUAAGGAGAUUGGGUCUGCAUUUGAGAAAGUUCAUUGUAAUCCACAAUCCUGUCCAGUUCACGGGAACUGGGGCUCAUGGAACAUGUGGAGCUUCUGCUCAGUCAAGUGCGGCCCUGGUAAGAGGGAACGCAUGCGCAAAUGUGACAACCCGCCGCCCAAAUUUGGAGGAGAAAGCUGCGUGGGCUCAGACAGACAAACCAUGCCUUGUAGUUUGUCAGAUUGCCCGGUUGAUGGCAAGUGGGGUCUGUGGUCUCCGUGGACUGCGUGUUCCGCCACAUGCGGUGCCGCUAAACGUUCAAGAACUCGCGAGUGUGACCAUCCUCCAGCCGCGCAUGGAGGAAAAACGUGCGAGGGGCCUGAGAAACAGGAGGAAUACUGUAAACUGCAGCCAUGUCUAGUUAAUGGCGGCUACACAAACUGGGGUAGAUGGACCGAGUGUGACGUCACAUGCGGUGGUGGUCAUCGACAACGGUCACGUGCCUGUACCAAUCCUGUGCCUGAGUAUGGUGGGCUGAAUUGUACGUACUUGGGAGACACUGUACAGUCUGAUGUGUGUAACACCAGGCCUUGUGCACAGCCCGGUGGUUGGUCCGGCUGGUCUGUGUGGUCUCCCUGUAGUCGCUCAUGCGGAAGCGGAAGUACGACAAGAAGACGAACAUGUACCGCACCUCCACCCUCCUACGGUGGGGCUGACUGUACGGGGGAGGGUCAGGAGAGGAAAGCAUGCAAGAUCCAGGACUGCUGUGAGAUCCCCUACAGAGCCCUUGGCUGUUUCCGUGAUGAUCAUAACCUGUACAGACCGUUGCCAGAGCAGCUGUUCAGUGAUCCGCAGGAGAAAAUCGAUUUCAAGGACUGGCCGAACUAUUUGUCUGAUGUUAUCUGCAGAUGUGCGCGCGAAACGCAACGGAAAGGUUGGAGGACAUUUGGAUUGCAAAACUAUGGCGAAUGUUUGUCAGGUGACCGAGCGAGUGACACGUAUUUGCAAGAAGGCGAACAACUGUUGUUUAUGGCGCCAACUCAACCCAAACCACUGCUGGGAUGUGUGGACAAUGAGAUGAAACUUUGCUCUGGAAGUAAUCUGGAAUGUGCCGGACAGGAAAAUUCAAACUAUGUGUUUUCUUUGGACGAUGUGAAAGCAGUUCAAGGGAACUACACGGAGUGGAGUGAGUGGAGUGACUGUUCCACAACCUGCGGGAAUGGAGAGAAGUAUCGAACUAGAAACUGUACCAAUCCCCCUCCAGCGUUUGGAGGAAUGGACUGUUCAUUUAUCGGGAUGGACAGAGACGUACAGACCUGCCAGAAAAGAGCUUGUGCUGUUGAUGGUAACUGGGGAGCAUGGGGCAACUGGAGCACGUGUUCAGCCACGUGCGGUCACGGUACAGUUCACAGAAAGCGCACGUGCGACGGCCCUGCACCUGCUAAUGGUGGGAAACCGUGCGCGGGCGAGGGACAUGAGACAGCGGUGUGCACCAUGACACCAUGCCCAUUGAACGGUCGUUGGUCCGGUUGGACUUCAUGGAGUCCAUGUUCUGUGACUUGUGGUAACGGCCGACAAGAGCGCAUGCGUAAGUGUGACAGUCCCGUGCCGGAGUAUGGCGGGAAAUUCUGCGACGGACCCGCGCGAGAAUUCCACAACUGUGAAGAAGAUGACUGUCCAGGUUUCUGGAGCGAGUGGUCUGCGUGGAGCGCAUGCUCAAAGACCUGUGGUGCUGGUGGAAGGCGUGACAGAACGCGCACGUGUCAAGGUGGAGCUACGUGCGUGGGAUCCGCGCGCGAGAUUGAAGUCUGCAAAGUGCAGGAUUGUCCAGUUUGCCACAAGUCUAUUGACUUGGCCUUCGUCUUGGACGCCUCUGGAACAGUAGACGACUCUCAAUGGAAACUUACCAAAGAUUUCGUCCAUGGUGUCAGCAAUGGUUUCGGCCUUGCUUCCAACAAAACACGAAUCUCUGUUUUGGCCUACUCCACAUUACCGCAAAUUGAAUUGAAAUUCGAUGACAGGAAUGCUUACGAAAACAUGGAUGAUUUCCUUGAAUCCAUGUCGCAGCCACGCGGUGACACGCGAACCGACCGCGCCCUGAAAAUGACACGUGAUAAGCUAAUAACAUCUGAAGCAGGCGCACGCGACUUCACGCCUAAAGCAAUUGUUAUUGUUACGGAUGGCGGAGAUGCGCCUGACACUACGGCGAAGUUUGCUGAGCAACGCGCCCGCGAGCUGAAGGACAUGGAUGGCGCGACAAUUGUUGCCCUAGGGGUAGGGGACAAGGUGGAUCAGUAUGAACUGAGACAGCUAGCGUCCGAUCCUGAUCACGCAUUUUUAGUGACGUCAUAUGAUGACAUCAUUGGUUAUGUCAAGUCAGCGGCUGAUGCAGUUUGUACAGCAAAACCGCCUCCUCCUCCACCUCGUUGGGGCUCAUGGACUGAAUGGAGUCCGUGUAUGAAGACUUGUGGCACGGGCGUUAGUUUGAGGUCACGUAAAUGUCUAACCGGUGCGAAUUGCAGAGGAACUGGUACCGAGACAAAGAAGUGCAAGAUUCAGGAUUGCCCAUCUUGCCAGUUGGCCACAGACCUGGCUUUCAUUCUACCAGUCUCUUCUAAAAUAAAUGACACUGAAUGGCGAGAAGUGCAGAACUUCGUAAAGGGCGUGGCGAACGCGUUCAACAUUUCUUACCCCGGUACCCACGUGGGUGUCUUGUCCUAUUCAUCCCAGGCCACCAUGGAGAUGAAAUUCAACCGGUAUUAUUAUCACUCCGACGUGUUGAACGCUAUCGAUAAUAUCUUCCCGGAAGCUAAAAGCGACCACGGCACGCGGCUGGACGACGCUUUGGAAAUAGCCAAUUACGAGCUGUUUACUCCCGCGGGAGGGUCACGUGAUCAGGUCACCAAGACGCUGGUAGUACUGGUGUCCGACAAGCUGAACGAUGGAAAGGUCGCUGGAAUUGUGGGACGGUUAAAGUUUGGUGGCGUGACACCCGUGGCUAUUGGUGUUGGCUCGGGUGUUCAGCGCGACGAUUUGUUAAAGGUCGCAGACGGUAAUCACACAUUCUCCGUAGCCUCCUUCAAUGAUCUUAUCAAGGUGGCUGAAAAGGUUGUGAAGAGCGCUUGCGAAGUUCCAAGCUAUCUCUUUAAACAACUUGACGCUGACAAACAUCAGCCUCGCCCUGAAGCUGAACGAGUACCAGUUUUUAACGUUGCUGGAUAUCCAAAAAAACCUCAAGGAGUCACCGCAAUGCCAGUGACACCAGGUCAGCAGCAGACCAUGAAGGGUUAUACGCCUAUACAGCAACCUCAGGCUGUAAAUCAGGUUCCUACAGCCAAUCAGCCGUCUUACUCGAAUGCUGCAUCAGCACAACCUGUUAAACAAGUUACUUCUGCUCCACAAGCUGUCAGUGCAGGCGCUUCACAAUCCCCGCUACCAACAAAUCCGGUUACAAACGUGGCUCAACCGGUUUUCUCAAACGCGACUGCGACUCAACAACCCGUUGAACAGGUUACCUCAGCUCCACAGGCUGGCAGCGCAAGUGCCACACAAUUUCCACAACCAACAAGUCCGGUUACAAACGUGGCUCAACCGGUUUUCUCAAACGCGACCUCAACGCAACAACCUGUUGAGCAGGUUACUUCUACUUCACAAGGUGUCAGUGGAAGUGCUACGUCAGCUCCGGGACCUACGAAUGCAGCUACGAACGUUGUUCAACCGGUUUACUCAAACGCAACGUCAACUCAACAACCUGUUGGACAGGUUGCUGCCGCAGUGUCACCGGUUUAUUCGAAAGCCACAGCAGCACCACCUCAAAGUGUUUACACAAACGCUACACUUGCUCAGCAACCAUCGACACCUGGUCCAAUCCCCCCGUCAAAUGUCACUUCCGUGCAGCAACCUGCCAUUCCAGUUUCAGGAGCGCAGCAACCAGUUUACUCAAAUGCCACAGGGUCACCUCAGCCGCCUCAAGUUCAGUAUGGUAAUGUUAGUGCCUCUGGAGUUGGAUAUCCUGUGACUCAACAGCCCCAAGGUGUCUAUUCAAAUGCCACUACUCUGCAGCCGGCAUAUCCCCAACAACCGCAGUCUGUUUAUUCAAACGUUACAGCUCCUCAAGGAAAUGAGACUGUUGCUCCGCCACCGGCAAACGAAACCUUGAUACCCCCGUCAGGUCCUCAGGCACCAAGUACUCCGGGUCCUGAAACUAUUCAAGUGGGAGCAGGAGCUGAAGCUAAUGCUACGGCCCCGCAGACUCAGCCACCACCUUCUCAGGCUCCAGCAAUGCCGGCAUACAAUGCCUCGGUAUCUCCAGCAAUGCCGUCUUACAACGUCACAGUGGCUCCAGUAGUACCGGCAUACAAUGCCACGCUGCCGCCUGCAAUGCCAGCAGUUAAUGCUACAGUCCCACCAGUAACUCCGGCAAUCAAUGCCACAGUUACACCGGCAAUGCCGGCAGCAAUGCCUUCAUACAAUGCCACAGUUGCGCUAGCAAUGCCGUCAUACAAUUUCACGAUGGCUCCAGUACCUGGAAAUGUCACUGCGCCUGUUCAGAAUGUAACUGCUGGUCAGGCACCCGUUUCAGCUGCCAACCCAACUGCUGCACCCCAAGUAACUGCUGCUCAAUUACCUGCGCCUGCACAACCAAGUCAGCCAUUGCAAUCCCAGGAAGGAGCUACCCAAGGAGCGAUCCCAUUGACUUCCUCCGGUCCUCAGCCAUUUGUGUGUCCACACGCGAUGGAUCUCGUCUUUGCCCUGGACUCUUCCACUGACGUCGAUGAAAAUCAGUGGACUCAACAAAAAGACUUCAUGAAGAAAGUUGCUGACGGUUUUAACAUUCAGGACAGCGGAACGCACGCGGCCGUGGUGGCGUAUUCCACGAUACCUUCCAUCAAUAUGAAACUUGGAGAACGAAAUGUAAAACAAGAGGUUGAUAAGGCCUUUAAUGACCUGCCACGUGAUCUUGGCAACAGAAAUCUGGUCAUUCUGUUGGAGAUGGCUAAAUUUGAGGUGUUCACCAAGUCCAGUGGUAUGAGGACCCAUAUCCCUAAAGCCCUCGUGGUGACGGUCCUUGGACCUCAAAACGACCACAACACCAACGCUGCUAAGAGCCUGAGGUCCUUUGCCAAGCAACUUGAAAUCAGUGGCGUAAAGGUCAUUGCUGUAGGAAGCCCUAGCAUCGCUGAAAGUGAUCUCAGAACCAUGACCACUGAACCGAAAUACGCCGUGCGAGUUAACGAUUUACAGUCUCCGGCUGAAGCCGAGAAAGUUUCCAAAAUUAUCUGUAACGUGGCUGCCGACUUCCCAACAACAGGCAAAGAUCAGAUGCAAGCUCCUUUUGCAGCAUCACUUCCCACUGAACAGCCAGUGGUUCAAGUUGGAGCCCAGGCCACUACUCAGCCUUCCGUAGCUGCUACACUGCAAGCAUAUAAUGCGGAGAAGAGAUCAGAAUACCCGUUCAACUGUCAACCAGUGCUGUAUUAUGAUUUUGACAAGAUGUGCCGUGGGGAAAUUUUCGACGAGUCAGGCUCGGGUAAUAACGGAAUGUCCCGCGGGCGAGUAAUUGUUGAAGCAGGCUACAACCAGGACAAUGGUGUAGAUCUAUCUGACGGGUUUAUUCAAUUGGACGGAAUGAAUUUCAAGGGUAAGCCAACUUUGGGUGUUACCAUAGCAACCUGGGUUAAGGUCAAGAACGUCACAGGUUCGAAUAUAAACGAGGUAUUUGUGACAGAGGCUCCUGGAGUAACAGACCCCACCAAACAAGGACAGUAUCACUUUGAAAUCGUGGACAAGGGCAGAGUGCGCUUCUUCCAGCGAAACAAGGACAAGACAGUGUAUGGACGAACAACCAUUGAGGGAAUCCCGGAAAAUAAAUGGGUUCAUCUGGCGGGAAAUUACAAUCCCAACACAAAACAAGCCACGAUCUAUAUCAACGGGCGCCCCGUCAAGGCUUACGACCAGACGGAACCUCAACAGACAGAGUCUCUGAGCACAGAUUGGAGCAAGGCCGCUUAUAUUGGAGCCUUUAAGGACGAUCAAGGGCCUCCACGCCAGUUCAAGGGAGCUCUAGAUGAGUUCUAUAUUUUCCCCUGUGCUCUUUCAGAUGAUCAGAUUGUGACCCUUAAGGAUACACACAGGAUGCCCAAGUUUGUAGGUCCAUACCCAGGCGUCAAGCGCGACGUGUGGCGCGGCAUCAAAGGAACCACAAUAACAGACCUGGCCACUCAUAAGAACUACCCAGACCACCCCACUGAAACGUCCAUCAUUGCCGACUUCGACGCGCCCAAAAACGAAGGCGACGAUUAUGGAUCCCGACUUCAGGGCUACUUUGUGGCACCAUACACGGGAACUUAUUCGUUUUCGUUGUCUGGCAAUGAUGAAGCAGAGCUGUUCUUUAGUGGAUCGUCACGAGAGAAAGACAAGGAUUUGUUUGCUGUUGUCAAGGGAACUGGACACAACGAGUUUGCACAGUAAGUUUUGCGCUGAACUUGUCACAGUUUGUGUCUUUAUAUGUUGCGUUGUAGUUUGUUUCUUGAUCUUCUUUAGUAAACCCGCUCAAUCUUUCCCACAUCUUUGUC